UAUAUAUCAGCGAUUAGAGGUUUCUCUUUAGCUAAAAUCUCCAAAAUCAAAAUAAUCUUCUCUACUUGACUAGACUUGCUGUGUGCUGUAAAUUGAUCUGAGGUCACACUGAGUGAAACAACAAAGACUCUGCAUGUGCAUGGUCUCUGUGGUCUCUGUGGUGAGACUAGACUGUGGGUGACUCUGUGGUGAACAUCAGCGGCUUCUAUAAUAAUAUACCAUUUGUAGCUGAUGCUCUGAAGACACUGGACCCAGUGUUAUUUGGAAAGUGGGGCCAUUAUCUCGGGCUCAAAGCAGCUGUGUAUGAGGCCUAUGCCUACUGUUUCUAUGGCAAGGAGCUAUUGGAGCUAGAGAAGUGUGGAGAGUCCAUUCAAGUGCUGAGGCAUGCUCAGGCCUUGAGCACCCAGGCGAGCAAGAUGUGUGACAGGUACAAUCGUACCAAGGGAGCGGGUACCAUUGCUCACCCAGAGAGACAUCCCUUCUUCCAGAAACUGGCACCCAUGGUCAAACUCCACCUGGACAAGAGCGAGAGAGAAAAUGGUUUCAUUUACCAUCACAAGGUUCCAGAGGAGUUGCCUGUGAUAGAGAAGAAGCAGGUAUACGGACUAGCCACACCCGAGGAUUUCACCCUCCCCCCACACCACCCCCUCUGGACCCCCGAGGCAUACGCUGCCUUUGAGGUAUCGGCACAGGCCAGCGAGAAGUAUGACACCAAGGCCUCGGCAGCUCAAGAGGAGAUUGCCCCCGUACAAGAGCCAGACAUUGCCCCAGGCAAGAUACCACAGCCCAAGUCGACCAAGUCAGACUGCACCAUUUCCUAGCCUCAGACUUGUACGCACAUCUUCGUUAAUUUGUGCUAUUUUGCACUUGUUUUAUCGUCAUUGUACCUACGUAUAAUUAUACUGUAGCCUUUUAUCAGCACCGUAACUGAGGAUUAUUAUUAAAUCGGAUCC